CACUUACGCAACUCGUUUCGGUUCACGCGACGCGUUUUUCAUUUGAAGAUGUACGCGUAUAUAAGGUUAUCUAUGACGUAUUGCUCGUCUGCUGCUGUGAUGAACCAUAGAACGAGGGCGAGAACUUCUCCUCUACCAAACACCCUAAUUCCUUGGCGACCACAACAGGAUUUGUUGAACAGGUUCUGUGGCUUCGUCUGACCUGUAUUCCUCUCUUUCAUUGUCCACAAGUUGUAAUUUCUUAUUUCUUUGAUUAAUUCUUUGUUUUUCUGUUUUCUCUUUUUUGGGUGGCAUUAGCUUUUAUCGUUCUGUUCACGUAAUAACGCACUGGAAACGCGUAUAUAUAUAAUUAUGGCCGGCACAAAUUCUGAAGAGCAAAAGCUGUUGGAGCAAAUUGCUUCCUUAGCUGGUGCCAUUAACAAGUACAAAUACUCUCAAGAACAAAUUCAUCACCAAUCUGCACAGAAGCCAGACGGCGCAAAUUCCACGAAUUGGCGCAAACGAAAACUUUCACAUUGGUCCACAUCACGAAAUCAAACGCUUGUCAAUAAUCCGCCUCCGUCUCCGUCUAUCAAGGGCGCUGCAGCGAAAACACAAGACGAUGUUUCGUCAAUGUCGGAGGACGCUACGGAGGCGUCGAUGUUUGUUGCACGGAAAGAUCGUCACAUGCAACUUAUUCACAAAAGUAUUUACGAGCAAGAUGCUCAGGCGAGGCAAGCCAGCAUGGAAACUGCUCGUGCAAAACUUAACGAAAAACGGAAAGCAGUUGCAGAGAAAAAGACUCAGCAAAAGCUCACCGAUCCAAACAACCACCUUCUCACUAUUCAGGAGCUACCUUUUAUCAUAAACGACAAGGAUCCUAAGUUUAUUGAGUGCAUGGACACUCUUGCUCAGCUUCCCAAGCAUAUAUACCAUGAAGGUCGCGCGUAUGUGCUCAUGAACCGUUCCAUGUACAAGUUUGUUGGUACGUCACCCUACAGUGUGUACUGUCGUUACUAUAACAUGGUAGGGUAUUGUGCGAAGGGAGGCAAGUGCAUGUAUGUCCAUGAUCCCGCUCAUAAAUACGUGUGUCCGAGGUUUUUGAGUGGUAAUUGCCCGAAUGGAGAGCAGUGCUCUUUGUCGCACGACAGAGAUGAAAAGCGGACACCAGCCUGCCGCUAUUUCUUAAAAGGUAAGUGCACGAAUCCUGUAUGUCGAUAUGCACAUGUCCACUACAACGAGAGUGUGCCAGUGUGUCCCGACUUUUCCGAAUAUGGAAUGUGUGAAAACGGCCUCCAUUGCAAGAUGAAACACAUUCUGAAAUGCACGGAGUACGCGCUCAAGGGGGCAUGUCACAAUGCAAAAUGUCGUUUGUACCAUCCCCCUAAGGAGCUCGAAAGCACAGAGAAAAAAGAGGGGGCUGUUAGUGCAGAAAAGAUGCAAGGUGAGCAAAAGCAGGAUUCGGAGUCAUCUUCUACAGCGUCAGGAGCGACUCCUAUUUUUAUUUCAUUAUAACAAAAGCAUGCCUGAUUUGUUACUUGUGUUUCACUUCAACGAAAAAGAUUGAAAAAAAAAAGGGGAAUCGGGAGAGGGAACGGCUGAAAAAAUGAGAAAAAAAAAAGAGACAAACCAGUCUAAGUCGUUCUCUACGUUUGUGUGUGUGAGAUUCUGUUGAAAGAGAAACACGAAACUACGGGCGAACUGUGAGUAAGUAUUUGGAACUAAUUUUGUACACUAUACAAUUCAAUGAAAUAAAAUUAGCAGCAAUAUA